AUGAAUCAACAAUGUUUAUGCGGAAGCUGGGCGGUGGAGAAAAUCUCGUGGACUGAAUACAACCCGGGAAGAAAAUUUCUCACUUGUGUCAACGGUAGGUGCAACUUUUUCAAGUGGUCUAAGCCGGAGUUCGACGCACGCAGCAAGAGUAUAAUCAACGGGUUGUUAAGGCGAUUGAAGGGCAAAGAUGAUGAGCAUUUUGCCGAGAUGAUCAGGGCUAAGGAGGAGUAUCGGGAUUUUUACAAGCAGGAGAUGAAUGAUGCAAAGAAAGAAGCUCGGAACUGGAAAUGCUUUGCUGUGUUGAUGUUGUUGUAUGUUUGUCAGCGCUGGUUUGCAUCAAUUGGUGGAGAUGAAAACAAUGUGUAA